UUUCACAUCCCCUAAAAGGUCAUACCGCGUCACUUUAAGAAAUACAAAUACAAAAAUUAGCGUCAAAUGCGAAAAUAACAACAAUCCCAGGAUAGAAAAGCGCUCACAAUGAGUGCGUACAAUAGACGCGCGGCGCUGCGCAAGAAGAGUCCUAGCCAGGGCUCCUUCGACGCCGAGAUGGACGAGUCCGGGUACACGUCCUUUCGGGCGCUGCACAACUCCACCGCGGAGACGCCAUUUUUGUUGGACGAAGCUGAGAACUGUCGCAAUGCAUCGAAUACUGGACACUUGGUGAGAGGACUGUCGACGCCGCAUGGCCACCAUGAGCUGCGGGACAUGAGGUUUCCCAAGAGCCUUCCCGAAGCUCAGAGUUCAAUGGCGGAGGAGCCUUGUUCGACGACGCCCCGAUUGCAGGAGACGCACAGCCUGCCAAAGCGCCGGAAGAAACACUUUCAGGCGCCGCACAGCAGCCCCAGGAAGUCGAAGAAGCUUUUAUUUCCCCAGGAGGAGCAGCCUCCCAUCAAAAACCGCUUCUAUGGCGGCGUGGAGCGCCUGGACAUCGUCGGCAAGCUGGCGCAGAAGCAGCCGGCGCUGGAGUGCAUUCUGCGGUAUGUGGGCGCCCACACGCUGGACGUGAUGACCCAGGUGUCGCUGGUGUGGAAGCAGGCCAUACACAAAAGCCAGCGGGCCCUGGAGCGGCUGCAGAACCACCGGCUCAAGCUGAGCCUCACCAAAGAGAAUCCCCAUGUGCCCAAGCGGCGCCGCCAUCUCCAGAAAGCGAACUCAACAGUGCCAUUGCAGAGCUCGAAUCACAGCAGCCAGGCCAACAGUGCCGCAUCGCUGAUGGAUUCUGGCAACUCUAGCAUUCACCUGAUGGAAGUGGAUGCUGGACGCAUUUUACGCGAGCAGACGCAGCGCGUCAAGUGUCCGCGCUGCGGACGGGGCAGCCGGGUGUUCCUCAGCGAAGUGCCAACAAGCGGGGACAACCUCAUGUCCCAGACUUUACCCGGCGGUCAGAGCACAUUCGCCGGCGGGCACAUGAACGACCGCCCGCCACUGAUGCGCUUUUUGUCUCUGGACCUGGACGACAUCAGGGGCUCGCAUCCGGCGUACAACUUUGCUGAAUGUACCAGUGUCAUUUGCCAGUUUCGCUUCUGCGUCAAUUGCCUGAGCAAGUCGCAUCCUGGCGAGCGUUGCCUGGUCACCGAGCUGGACACGCCCUCAAAGCUGAUGAUGCCCCGGGAGCGCCUGACGCCGCCACAACGUCCCCAGCCCCGUGACGCCAAGAUCAGACGGAAGAACUCGCUCAAGCGGCUCUGCUUUUAGCCCUAGACACUAGGUUUUCUUUUUUUAAGUCUGUAACGUCUAGUAUUCCGUUUGUCCAAAUCUCAUCAUUCACGUAUUACGUUUUACAUUUUGUCAUCACCAUACUUGAUUUUACAUUGUUUCACACUGCAAGAUUCCGCUGUACCUCUUCUGAGAUUAAGACAGUAACAUAAGUAUUCUCUACAAAAUAUGCGAAAUAUAAGACCUAUUAAUUAGUCUUUGGAUAUUAA